AUGGAUUCCGAUAUGGACUUUGACGACGAUGCUCCGCCUAUGCUGGUUGCUGCCGACCAGCCAGAUGACACAGAGAAUCUCUCGGUCGAUGUCGAUGACAUGAGCUUGACCAGAGUUCCCAUCACCAUCAUCACAGGUUAUCUUGGUGCCGGCAAGACCACUCUCAUGAACUACAUCUUGAAUGAACGCCAUGGAAAGAAGAUCGCUGUCAUCCUGAACGAUAUUGAAAAGAGCUUGACUGUCAGUCAAGAAGGCCAGCAAGUCGAAGAGUGGCUCGAAUUGGCCAAUGGCUGUCUAUGCUGUUCCGUCAAGGACACUGGCGUCAGUGCCAUCGAAUCGCUUAUGGAAAAGCGUGGAGCUUUCGAUUACAUCUUACUGGAGACAACAGGCCUGGCUGAUCCUGGAAACUUGGCUCCUCUCUUUUGGGUUGACGAUGGUCUGGGUAGCACAAUCUACCUCGAUGGCAUUGUAACCCUAGUAGAUGCGAAGAACAUCAUCCGCUGCUUGUCCGAGCCGACACCAGCUGAAACCCAAUCGGAUGGUACAGAACAUGCUCACGGCCCUCAUCUCAGCACCGCACAUCUACAGAUCUCGCACGCAGAUGUGAUUGUCAUCAACAAAGCAGAUCUGGUCUCAGAAGCUGAGCUCGAGCAAGUCAAGGCCAGGAUCUCGUCUAUCAAUGCCUUGGCAAAGAUCCAUGUCACAGAACACAGCAAGGUUCCAGCUUUAGAAGGUGUUCUACUCGACCUUCACGCCUACGACAAAGUGGACGCCGACAGCAUUGACUUUGCCAGCAAAGGCCACAGUCACCUGGAUCCCGCCAUCUCGACGACUACACUGACAUUACCACCUUUAUCGUCAGCCCAGCUAGAUAAGCUGGAUACAUUCUUGCGUAACAUUCUCUGGACGCGCUUCUUCAUCUCACAUCCAGAAGCCGAGGGCGUGUCAGUCGAGUCUGCGGGCUCGAGGCCCGAGAUUCACCGUACCAAGGGACGUCUUGUGAUGCAAGAAGGUGGAGUCAAGCUUUUGCAGGGCGUACGCGAGGUCUUUGAGUUCAUAGAUGCUGCAGAUGUCAGUACAUCAAAAGCUAGCGGGUCUGCUGACAGAGGUAACGGCAAACUUGUCUUCAUCGGUCGUAAUCUGGUCCCUGCAGCCUUGCAGAAGAGUCUUGAAGAUGCUGUCUUAGGUUAG